AUGGGCUCAGUAUCUCGCUUUGCGUCUCAGUUCCAGAGGCCUGACCUUCACCUCCAAAGACAGCAGGACUCCGACGAUGACAACAAUCUAAACCAGUUCUCCGGCGAAAACGAUGAUAAUAACUCUCCUCAAGGCCUUGAACUGGUGACCUCCAAUACCAGUUCCGGCGAUAUCGUCGGUCGUCGUACAAGAGGAAGACCGCCCGGGUCAAAGAACAAGGCCAAACCGCCAGUGAUCAUUACCCGAGAGAGCGCAAACACUCUCCGAGCACAUAUUCUUGAGGUUAGCAGUGGCUGUGAUGUGUUUGAAUCUGUAGCAACCUAUGCGAGGAAGAGACAGAGAGGUAUUUGUGUAUUGAGUGGCUCCGGCACGGUGACCAACGUGAGCUUGCGACAGCCGGCGGCGGCUGGUACGGUGGCGACACUGCAUGGGCGGUUCGAAAUUCUUUCAUUAUCGGGCUCGUUUCUGCCACCGCCAGCGCCGCCGGGAGCCACCAGUUUGACUAUAUAUUUGGCCGGAGGACAAGGUCAGAUCGUCGGAGGGAAUGUUGUGGGUGCUUUGAUUGCAUCAGGGCCAGUGAUUGUUAUGGCAGGUUCAUUUACAAACGUGGCUUAUGAGAGGUUGCCUUUGGAUGAAGAUGAGACACUUCAGAUUCAGCCACCUGUAUCACAGCCCUCCGGCGGCGGAGGUGGUGGCGGAAACCCAUUUCCUGAUCCAUCUUUGGGGCUUCCCUUCUUCAACUUGCCAUUGAAUAUGCAGAAUAAUCAGCUUCCCUAUUAG